AUGGAAAGUGACUCUUUUGCUAUUGUUGAUAUAAAUAUAAGUGAUAAGGAGUUAAAAUCUAACAUCGAUAAUGACUUGAACAAAAAUAAGAAGACCCUAGUACCAACGGUUAUUAAACUGCAACGAGAUCGAGGGGAGCGCGAUUACAUCGGUUUUGCGACUCUACCUGAGCAAGUACACCGAAAAUCCGUUAAGCGCGGAUUCGAUUUCACUCUCAUGGUUGUGGGGGAGUCAGGAUUAGGAAAAUCUACCCUCAUCAAUAGCUUAUUCCUCGGAGACCUUUACAGGAAUAGAAAAAUACCUGACGUCCAAGAUAGAAUCGAGAAAACAACAACAAUAGAGAAGAAAACUAUGGAAAUCGAGGAACGCGGUGUGAAACUGCGUUUGACAAUAGUCGAUACACCCGGCUUUGGUGACGCGAUCAACUGCGAAGACUCGUGGAGGGUGUGCUCAGCUUACGUGGAUGAGCAAUUCAGACAGUACUUUACAGAUGAGAGCGGACUCAACAGGAGGCAUAUGCAAGAUAAUAGAGUGCACUGCUGUCUCUACUUCGUGCCGCCCUGGGCCCAUAGCCUUCGACAAGUAGACCUGGAAAUGAUGAAGCGACUACACCGCAAAGUGAACAUAGUGGUUGUCAUCGCGAAAGCAGACUCGCUCACGGCUGCUGAAGUAAAACGGCUCAAGGCGCGCAUAUUGAGCGACCUGGAUGAACAUCAGAUACAAGUAUACCAAUUCCCCGAAUGCGACAGCGAUGAAGACGAAGAGUUCAAGCAGCAGGACAGAGACCUGAAAGCAGCUGCACCAUUUGCUGUUGUUGCAGCGGACACUGUGCUCGAAGUGGGCGGCAAAAGGAUACGCGGAAGACAGUACCCUUGGGGAAUUGUUGAUGUGGAGAACCCCAGACAUUCAGACUUCACAAAACUGCGCACAAUGUUGAUAUCUACCCACAUGCAGGACCUAAAAGACGUUACACAAGACGUGCACUAUGAAAACUUCCGCGCGCAGUGCAUUUCCCAAAUAUCGCAGCACGCUAUGAGAGAACGAGGCAAACUGAAGAGAGAUUCAAUGGGUAACAACCACGACGUACCCAUAACGGACACAGACAGACUCCUCUUACAGAAGGACGAAGAAAUAAGACGAAUGCAGGACAUGUUAACGCAGAUGCAAGAAAAACUAAAAGCGUCAGACAAAAAACACGAUAGCAUCAUUGACGUAUAG